CGGAAGCGAAGCCGGGACUCAGCCAUCGAGCGGCCAUCUUGGAAGCUGAGCGGCGGUGGCGGUGGAGACGCUGCGGUGGGUGCGGUGGGCUGAGUCCCAGCGCGGGUGCGGCUCACGGCGCUGGCCCCACUCUUCCGCACCCUGCUCCGGCCUCGACCAGGGCGAGCCUGAGCGCGGCGGCGGCCUCAGGGAGAGAUGAGCAGCAACAGCAACAAGAGAGCCCCAACAACAGCGACACAGAGGUUGAAGCAGGACUACCUUCGCAUUAAGAAAGACCCGGUGCCUUACAUUUGUGCGGAGCCCCUCCCUUCAAAUAUUCUUGAAUGGCAUUAUGUUGUCCGAGGCCCUGAGAUGACUCCUUAUGAAGGUGGCUAUUAUCACGGAAAGCUAAUUUUUCCCAGGGAAUUUCCAUUUAAGCCUCCUAGUAUUUACAUGAUAACCCCCAAUGGAAGGUUUAAAUGCAACACGAGGCUGUGUCUCUCCAUCACAGACUUCCACCCAGACACAUGGAAUCCAGCCUGGUCUGUCUCCACCAUCUUAACUGGGCUCCUGAGCUUCAUGGUAGAGAAGGGCCCCACUCUCGGCAGCAUAGAGACAUCGGACUUUACGAAAAGACAGCUGGCAGCACAGAGUUUAGUGUUUAAUUUAAAAGAUAAAGUCUUUUGUGAAUUAUUUCCUGAAGUUGUGGAGGAAAUUAAACAGAAACAGAAAGCACAAGAUGAACUAAGUAGCAGGCCCCAGACUCUUCCCUUGCCAGACGUGGUUCCUGAUGGAGAGACACAUCGCGGCCAGAAUGGGAUCCAGCUCCUCAAUGGGCAUGCCCCUGCAGCUGGCCCAAACCUUGCCGGGCUCCCACAGGCCAACAGGCAUCACGGACUCCUGGGAGGCGCUUUGGCGAACUUGUUUGUUAUAGUUGGGUUUGCGGCCUUUGCCUACACGGUCAAGUACGUUCUGAGAAGCAUAGCACAGGAGUGAGGCACCAGAGCCACAGCCUACAGUUGCUGCUGAGGGACACGGGUGCCAGAGCUUGAUGCGGGCAGGAUGGACAUGCUGCCGAGCGCAGGGCGGCCUGCUGGACUCCUGGGCUUCAUUUUUUUAAAAACCAAAAUGUGUGAUUUAAAGGAGAGUGGAGAUUAAUUAACGCCCUCUUCUGGCCCAGUGUGGUGUGUCUUGGGGGUGCUGACAAGGACAAGGGCCACUCACGCUUUGGUUUUAAUAUCUCCUGUGUUGUCUUUUGGACCUGUUUAGUAAACCUGUUUUUUUCAUUUUAUUAGGUUUGGUCACUUAAAAAUAUAAAACUUAAUGCCUAUCAAA